AACAAUCAACAAAGCUGCUAGUGAAAAUGGCGUCUACUUCUGCAGCCUUAGAAGGUCUACCAAAACAAUUUGUGACAUCAAUGAAAACUUUGUUUGAAAUAAUGGACGAUAGGAAUAGUGGAUACGUGAAACUUACAGAUUUGGAAAAUUUUUGGAGUGAAGAAGGCCUCUCAGGCCUUCCCAAAGGUGUUAUUGAGAGUUUACGUAAAGUGACACCUACAUCUGGCUUGCUUUCAUUUGAAAGGUUUUGUGCUGGCCUGAAAAUUUGCCUCCUUAGAUAUCAAUCUGAUCAACAGAAAGUUGAUCUGAAAGUUCCUCUGCGGUCUCCUUCUGCCCCUAUUUUGGAUCUAGAAAAUGGGUCCACCCCACCACCAAUACCUCCACCCAUCCAUCCUCGUAGUCCCACAGCCACUGUAAGGCCAAACAAUGCCCUUAUGCUACAUAGCAGGACACUCAGCAUGCCUUUAUUGGCAGCCAAUCAACAAUCCACAACUGAAGAAGAGCCACCUCCUGUACCAGUGCACAUGAGAAAACCAGAAACUUCCAUGGCAAUAAAAGAAAGAAGAGCUGGCAUUCAUAGUGUUUAUGGAAAUGUUCCAUUAUUCAGGAAUACUCCACCACCACUGGUACCUAUGAUGGGGCCGCCGAAACCUCCUCGUGUACUGCAAUCUUCAGCUCCUCAGAAUAACGUUAUCACCAAUGGAGCUCUGAUGAUGAGAACGCGUUCUGAAAUAUCGGCCCGUACUAUGGCUUCAACCAAGGGUACUUCAAUUGAAAAUAAGAACCCCUUACCGGUGGCCUCGAUAGCAGAGAGAUUAAUAGCCAAAGCUGAAGUAAGAACUGCACUCCAACAAUGGCAAUUGGCUCAAAUGGAUUCUGAAAAAAAUGGAGGAAAUAAUAAAGGCGUUGUCAGUGGAAUAUCCGGCAAAAAGAGAGAACCACGGCGACAUACUUUACAGAACGGAAUUGACCAGAGCAUGUUACGCAGGAUUCAUAUGUUAGAACAGGAACGGCAAGUGCUUACUAGUGGUUUGCAGGCAUUGGAUAGAGCCAGGGAUUGGUUUAACUCUCAGUUGAUCGAUGUUAAAGAUAGAAUCGAAUCAUUUGGAAAAUCGGCAGUUGGCUCACAUGAUUAUUCAACCGACGCAGCGUCAGAACGUUUGGGUUUCAAAAUCUCUCGAAUUGAAGAAGUUAGCCGGCAGCUCCUUGUACUUAUUGAGAAUGCUGAUCGCGGAUUCCCUGCCCAUAUGAAUCUUGCUUUGGCCGAUCGUAAAAAAGUUGCAAAAGCUCCUGGCGAUGGAGGUAUUGAUGAAAACAACGAAGAGGAAGUCAACCGUAUCCUCCGUCGUUUAAAAAUUCAGAAUCAUCAAUUAACCGAAGAGGUUGGCCGAAAAAGUGAACGAAUAACUAUGCUAGAAAAGGAAAAAGGAUCUCUCAUACGCGAACUUUUUCAAGUCCGAAGUCAACCAUCUAACAGAGCAACCAGCAGCCAUCAUUUAGCUGACGAUAAUACGUUGAUGUGAAGUCAAUGCGUAGCUGACGAAGAUGCACCACGAAUUACCAUGGGAAGGACCCGUCGUAAAGCGAGCUGUGAAAAGGAAUAUGAGGACAAUGCAUCGUCAUGCAGCACUCCGCCUGCCAAAGACAAGGAAAAUUGUUCCCCUGCACCCAUUAGAGAAAGAUCAUCGUUUGCCAUCGCUCAACAACAACAGAUCAUUACGUUACGGAAGGAUUAUGACCAUAAUGUUGCAAUGACCAUAAAGGAUAUGCUUGCAAAUAAACAAGUAAUGAUUGAAAAUCUAACAUUGCCAUUCUAUACUGCAUUGAUGAAGAUGCCACAGAACAUCAAGAAAAUGAAAUGGUCUGAUUAUUUGAAACGGAAGGUAGAUGCCAGUCAAGAAACUCUCAAUGUAUUGCCACUAAAUGACAAUCCUUCACAAGAAUCAGUUCCUGAUCUUCACACUUUUGCAGUUCCAACAGGACUAUCUAAAAUGGAAACCCCUGCAUUACGAUCCUCAUCACGAUUAGCAAAAAAUAAAAUUCCCAUCAUUACCCCUAAAUUUGAUCCAUCCACUGGGGCUAUCAUUAACAAAAGGCUUCCAAAGCCAGGAGAGGUGUUAUUUUCCCUUAAGGGUAGCCCCGUUGCUACUAACACACAUUCGACAAAGCUGUCUGCACGGGAAUUGUCUAGCCUAGCCGCAACAGAAGAUAAGGAUCUAGUUGUUGCUUUCUUGAAGAAUCCAGAAAAUUUCAACACGUUUAAAGCUUUUGAGAAAACAUACAACAGUCGCAAGAUGCGCAAAGAAUGAAAUGGAGAUUUUUGUGUUCUUUCCAUGCGGUCUUACCCGUCGAUCAAACAGAAUCCUUAUGACCAAUCGAUCUUCGAAAUCACACGUGUAUAAUCCCAUAUAAUACAAUUUAAAAAUGUUCA